UCCUGUUUCAGUCACUGGCGUCAGGCAGGCGCACGACAUGAACUCAAACUCUUUCACCUUCUGUUUAUCGCCGUAAAUAUUGAUUGGUAUGUGAACAACAUAACUACAACCACUUUUUUAAAGUUUUAAUUUAGCAUCAGGCAAAUAGAAGCGGGCGGUUGUAUAGUGUCAUUCACAUGUGACUUUGGGAAGGUGUCUGUUGGACUCGUAGGCUUGUAUUUUUUUCUCUCACCCAGGUUAUGGCGGAGCUGAAGUUUUCUAGCUUGUGUUGAGCGCUGAGAGCACCAGUGUUUGCUGAUGGAGCACCUCCAGGGAGCAUGGAAGACCCUGAGCAACGGCUUUGGGAUGAAGGACUCUGUGUUCGAGGGCCCUUGCCUUUCCCCGACCAUGGUGCAGGGCUUCCCCUCCCAGCGCCGCUCCUCCGACGACAGUAAGAUCCCCGACUCCAAGACCAGCAGCACCAUCCGCGUCUACCUCCCCAACCAGCAGCGCACAGUGGUGAAUGUGAGGCCAGGUAUGACCCUGCACAGCUGCCUGAUCAAAGCGCUGAUGGUGCGGGGUCUGCAACCGGAGUGCUGUGCUGUCUUCAGACUGCACCCAGGACAGAGGAGUAAAAAGUCACGUAUGGAUUGGAAUACCGACUCUACCUCACUAAUUGGGGAAGAACUGCUGGUGAAAGUCUUAGAUCAUGUCCCCUUGACGACGCACAACUUUGUUCGGAAAACAUUUCUGAAGUUGGCCUUCUGCGAUAUAUGCCAGAAGUUCCUUUUGAAUGGUUUCCGUUGCCAAACAUGCGGCUACAAAUUCCAUGAGCAUUGCAGCACCAAAGUGCCCACGAUGUGUGUGGAUUGGAGCAACAUCAGACAGCUCCUGUUGUUCCCGACACCAGGUGAAAGUGGGGGUCCAUCUCUUCCUCCUCUUACUUCUCGGCGAAUGAGAGAAUCGCUGUCCCGACUCCCCAGCAGCUCUCUUAACCGCUGCUCCACCCCUCACGCCUUCAACUACACGGCCCCCUACCCACCCACGGGGGGAGCUCUGUCCCAGAGGCAGCGCUCCACCUCCACGCCCAACGUCCACAUGGUCAGCACCACCAUGCCCGUCGACAGCAGCAUGAUGGAGGAAGCAAUGCGUAAUCAUGAAGCAAUGCGUAAUCAUGACUCAGGCGGGAGUUCCCCCAGCCAGAGUCCCACAGGCUGGUCCCAGUCCCAGUCUAACACCCCAGCUCCAGACAGACGAGAGAGGGCUCCUUCAUUCAACACUCAGGAGAAACACAAAAUACGUCCGAGGGACAAGCGGGACUCCAGUUAUUACUGGGAGAUUGAGGCCAGUGAAGUGGUUCUUCACUCCUGUAUCGGCUCAGGCUCCUUCGGAACGGUGUAUAAAGGGAAAUGGCACGGUGACGUAGCGGUGAAGAUCCUAAAGGUGAUUGACCCCACGCCAGAGCAGUUCCAGGCCUUCAGAAACGAGGUGGCUGUCCUUAGGAAAACGCGGCACGUCAACAUCCUGUUGUUCAUGGGCUACAUGACGAAGGACAACCUGGCCAUCGUGACCCAGUGGUGUGAGGGCAGCAGCCUCUACAAACACCUUCACGUCCAGGAGACCAACUUCCAGAUGUUCCAGCUUAUAGACAUUGCCAGGCAGACAGCUCAGGGCAUGGACUAUUUGCACGCCAAAAACAUCAUCCACCGGGACAUGAAGUCAAACAAUAUCUUCCUACAUGAGGGCCUGACGGUGAAGAUAGGAGACUUUGGUCUGGCCACAGUCAAGGCCAGGUGGAGUGGUUCUCACCAGGUGGAGCAACCCUCAGGGUCCAUACUGUGGAUGGCUCCUGAGGUUAUCCGUAUGCAGGACAACAUGCCCUAUAGUUUCCAGUCUGACGUGUACUCCUACGGUGUUGUCCUCCAUGAGCUGAUGACGGGAGAGCUGCCAUACUCACAGAUAGCCAACAGAGACCAGAUCAUCUUCAUGGUGGGCCGGGGGUACCUGUCUCCAGAUCUCAGUAAGCUUUAUAAGAGCUGUCCUAAGGCCAUGAAGAGGCUGGUGGCCGACUGCAUCAAGAAGAUCAAGGACGAGAGGCCACUGUUCCCCCAGAUCCUGUCGUCAAUUGAGCUGCUCCAGCACUCCCUGCCUAAGAUCAACCGCAGUGCCUCAGAACCCUCCAUGCACAGAGCCUCCCACACCGAGGAUAUUAACGUCUUCACUUCCACCUAUAGCAGACUGCCUGUGUUCUGAACUACAAUACUCAACCUGUCCCUCCUACCUGCUCCUGUUCUAAAACAUACACGUGUGUGCAUGAGCACACACACACACACACACACACACACCCCAAAUAUCUACAGUGGGUUAUGAAAGUAUUCACCCCCCUUGGCAUUUUUCCUAUUUUGUUGCCUUACAACCUGGAAUUAAAUAGAUUUUUGGGGGGUUUGUAUCAUUUGAUUUACACAACAUGUCUACCACUUUGAAGAUGCAAAGUAUUUUUUGUUGUGAAACAAACAAGAAAUAAGACCAAAAAAAUUAAAACUUGAGCGUGCAUAACUAUUCACCCCCCCCCCCAAAGGCAAUACGUUGUAAAGCCAUCUUUUCAAUAAUUACAGCUGCAAGUCUCUUGGGGUAUGUCUCUAUAAGCUUGGCACAUCUAGCCACUGGGAUUUUUGCCCAUUCUUCAAGGCAAAACUGCGCUUGCUUGGAUGGGUUCCCCUGGCGUACAGCAAUCUUUAAGUCAUACCACAGAAUCUCAAUUGAAUUGAGGUCUGGGCUUUGACCAUUCCAAGACAUUAAAAUGUUUCCCCUUAUACCACUCAGGUGUUGCUUUAGCAGUAUGCCUAGGGUCAUUGUCCUGCUGGAAUGUGAACCUCUGUCCCAGUCUCAAAUCUCUGGAAGACUGAAACAGGUUUCCCUCAAGAAUUUCCCUGUAUUUAGAGCCAUCCAUCAUUCCUUCAAUUCUGACCCAGUCCAUGCCAAUGAAAAACAUCCCCACAUCAUGAUGCUGCCAUCACCAUGCUUCACGGUGAGGAUGGUGUUCUCGGGGUGAUGAGAGGUGUUAGGUUUGCGCCAGACAUAGCGUUUUCCUUGAUGGCCAAAAAGCUACAUUUAGUCUCAUGUGACCAGAUUACCUUCUUCCAUAUGUUUGGGGAGUCUCCCACAUGCAUUUUGGCGACCACCAAACAUUUUUGCUUAUUUUUUUCUUUAAGCAAUGGCUUUUUUCUGGCCACUCUUCUGUAAAGCCCACCUCUGUGGAGUGUAUGGCUUAAAGUAGUCCUAUGGACAGAUACUCCAAUCUCCUCUGUGGAGCUUUGCAGCCCAUUCAGGGUUAUCUUUGGUCUCUUUGUUGCCUCUCUGAUUAAUGCCCUCCUUGCCUGGUCCUUGAGUUUUGGUGGGCAGCCCUCUCUUGGAAGGUUUGUUGUGGUGCGAUAUUCUUUCAAUUUUUUAAUAAUGGAUUAAAUGGUGCUCUGUGGGAUGUUCAAAGUUUCCAAAUAAAAAUCAAUUUAAAUUACAGGUUAUAAUGCAACAAAAUAGGAAAAAUGCCAAGGGGAUGAAUACUUUUGCAAGGCAUUGUAUGGCGUAGAAAAAGACGAGUGACGGGUUUAAAGGAAUCCUCUGACAGUGACGGUGGAUGGGAUCAAUAUGGGAUUUCAGUCACUGACUGAGUUUUUCCAGUGACUGUUUUGGUAUGGAGAGAAGAUAAAAAUAUUGACUACCCAUUGGGUUGGAGAAGAUGAUUGAUGGUGAAUGAAAUUCAUGCAAAUUAUAGGGUUAAUCAGAGGCCUACUGUAAUUUUCUCCAUUGCUAAAAUGGGUGCAAUGGACAGUGGCAAUGCAGUUAGUGGAACAUGUAAAUAUGUGAAAGAAAGCACACCUACCUGGGGACAGAGAGGCAGAGACAGUGAAGGAAAUGCCUGAGAGAGAGUGAAAUAAGAGGCUCUCUAUCUCUGAGCUGUGAAGCACACCUUUCUGUCUGACAGGACUGACUGCCCUAGUUUCUUAUGAAGAAGAUAUUCUCUAAGCUGACCUGCCUGAAGAGGAGAUGAAGCCUAGACCAACCACCUUCUAGGAUGAUUCUUAUCAAAAACAGUGUGGUCCAUCUAUUGGUUUUGCAGGGGUAUUUGAUUGUACAUAGUCUUAAAUCAGAUAGAGAUUUGAAAUUAUUAUCAAUGUCUUCAUCUUCAUGCUUUUAUAAUUGUUUUCCUUAAUUCUGGAAAAAAAUUAUAACUUGUCAGACAGUCAAGCAUGACUGAUUGAUUUUUAUUUGGACGUUUUAACAAACGCAAUGGCUAUGUUUCUACGGUCCAUGUGAUUGGUUCAUGGCUUUGCAGAGUGUUCUGCUCAGUAGUUACCCACACAUUUGAAUCAGCCUUCUCUUUGGGUAAACCAUCAUGAGCUGGAUAUUGGGCAAUUGUCUUUAAUAUUUAAAAAAUGAUUUGAAAUCUAAUUUGCAUUUUGUCUGCCAUGUCUCUUUCAGGAGGUACAUUUCUUUUUUAUUGUAAACGUGAGAAUGUUGUUUAUUUCAUGUUAUUUUAAUAAAAUGAAGUUAAACUAA